CGCGUCUCAGUCUAGUGCACUAAUCGAGAACAAUGGAAAUAAAUUCUGAUAUUAAAUGGACAACGCUGAAACAUAAUGGACCUAUCUUCCCGGCGCCCUACAAGCGAUUGCCAGAGCAUGUUGGGCUGGCAUAUGACGGCCAACACAUUCGGUUGUCGGACUUGGCCGAGGAGAUGGCUGUUGCCUACAGCAAAUAUUUGGGAACAGAUUUUGGUUCCCGAGGUACAGUCAUCGAGAACUUUUUCAAUGAUUUUAGGGAAAACAUGACUGCACAUGAAAAAAGUAUAAUACAAGAUUUCGAUAAAUGCGACUUUUCGAAAAUUCACACAUAUUUAAAAAAUAAACCCGGUCCAUCAAGCACCCGUGAAAAUGAUUGUGAAAAUGAAGGUGAAGAUGGAAAUGAAGGUGAAGACGGAAAUGAAGGUGAAGAUGAAAAAUACAAUAUUUGUGUUUGUGAUGGUGAUGAGGAAAACAUCGGGUGUUCGAAAAUUCCUAUGCCUGGUCUUUUCAAAGGUAGAGGUAUGAGCAAGAAUAAUGGUAAAUGGAUGCGGCGUAUUAUGCCUGAGGACGUGAGCAUCAACUGCUCCGCUGGGUGCGAACCGGAUGCACCAAAUGGACACAAAUGGCUGGAAUGUGUGGAAAACCGAAUGGUUUUGUGGCUUGCCAAAUGGCAACAUCCUGUCACCGGCGACUGCAAAUACAUGCAACUUGUCCCGUAUUCAAAAGUACGACAAGAAGAAGAUAAAAAAAAAUUUGACGUGGCACGCAAAUUCCAAGAUCAUAUAGAUAGGAUUCGUGAGAAUUAUCGCCAAAAAUGCACAUCCCCAGAUGAAGAAAACAGACAACUAGGAGUGGCGUUGUAUCUAUUCGACACUUUCGCUUUACGCGCCGGAUCCGAUAAUGAUACGGGCACUAUCGGUUGUUGCUCUUUGCGUGUAGAGCACGUUAAAUUGAUUAGGCCGCAGACCAUCGAAAUAGACUUUGUGGGAAAAAGUUCGAUACCUUUCCAAAAAACGGGAGAAAUUGAGCAAGAAGUAUUUGAAGCAAUGUAUUCGUUGAUCGGAAGAAAGGAUAAAAACGAUAAAGUAUUUGAUCGUAUUAAUCCUACCAAAGUUAACGAUUUUUUACAAACGUAUGAUCCGGACUUUAAAAUACAAGUAUUCAGGACCUUUCUGGCGUCGGCUGAAAUGGAGCAAUAUUUAUUGGGAAAUACCGUGGGAGAUAGUAGCAAUGAGGAAAAAUUGAAAGUGUUUAACGAAGCAAUAUCGUAUGUUGCAAAGCUUUGCAAUCACAAAAGAAUUGAUGUUUCUAAAAUAAAAAAUAAAAUUGCAGAAAAAAGGAAGCAAAUCGAGACGUGCAGAAAACAGAUAGCAAAAAAUACGCACAGCUUUUUUCAUCAAAUUCAAGACAAACGUUUGCAAGAGGCUCUUAAUAAUUUAGAGAAAGAUUGUAAUAAUGCAGAAUCGGGGUUACCACAUACUUCAUCUGCGAAAAAAUAUUACAUAGAUCCCCGUAUUAUCAUGACCUGGUGUGCAAGUCAUAAGAUUGAAUUAGAUAAAGUCUAUUCAAAAUAUCUACAACAGAAGUUUAGCUGGGCCAAAGAUUUUAAAAAUUACCAAUUUUACGAGAGAAACUUUCGCCAACCCCCGCUGAGGACUCGACGGGCAAUGAUUCAAAUCAAAUUAGACCGCCAUCUCAGUAUCGUCCAUAACCCUUAGAGGAGGGAGAGGGGUUUCAAGAUGUGUGAUGUGGUUCAUACAAAACUUUUAUUUCCCGAAAAAUGAAAUAGUGCGGAGAGGGGGUCUAAAAUAUCCAAUUUUUGCGUUACGUAGUUAAUCGCUCAACUGAUCCGAUUUAAUAAAAAAAACUGGAAAAAGUUGACGGAUGCAUGACACAUAAUUAGUGUGCUCCACAUCAUAGCUCUAUUAAAUAAUACUUCCAUGUGAACUCAUUUUUUAUUGGUUUAUUUUUCUCAGUGCAUGUUUCAUAAAACUGCAACCGAUUUAUUUAUUUUGAAUUCUUGUUAGUCGCCGUCAUUUCCCAUACAGAGUAUUGCAUGAUGACGUAGUUUGACGGUGCACAGCGCUUAGUCAGGAACUUAGCCUCUAGAGCAGCUUUCGGAAAAAUUGUUUUGCGAUUUAUUAAGAAUAUUUAUGUAUUCUACGAUUGAUUUAUGGUAGGAAUCAAAGCAUUCCUAUCACUGGAAUAUUCGUAUCAAAAUUAUUUUGAACGGGAAUCAAGAAUUCCUAUUUCCGGCUCAUCGAUUUUAAUUCUGACAGCCUGCACACAAGGUCUGUGAACUGUCAAAUAAGGGAGGUUAAGAUAAGAUCUAGCAUUGGUCUAUUGUCUAUCCGGUACAAAUUUAUGUAGGGUACACACACUCAUGCAACGUACACACCAGUCAAGCAGUUUGACGAACAUUGACUCCGCCCCCAGGAAAACGCUUCGGUUGCUGCUUUGUUUGAACGUGUGUGAAGUUGUUCGAACAACCAUUUGACAGUUGGCGGCUCGGUUGGAAAAAAUUAAAACGGUUUGAUUUUAGUUUGAGUUGACGGGGGUGGAGUCAAGGAUCGCCGAACAUGUUUGAGCAUUUGUAGUGAAGUUGCACAAACCCCCAUAUAUUUUUUGAUUGUUGGUGCUCAAGUUGGCGCUUCUGUCGUUCGUGUGUGAUAUUGUUGGUCGAAUAAAUUGAUUGUUCGUGUCGCUGUUGGUGAAACUUGAUGGAUGUUUGAAUAAACGAGAGGUGGAGUCAAUGUUGGUCAAACUGCUUGACCGCUGUGUACGCUGCAUUAUAGUUCUACCGAAGAUGGAUUCUGUCAAAGCAAUUCAUUCGUUGUUUAGCACAUCUUUUGACGAUUCCAGCACUCUACUGCCGAUGUUGGAUAAUGUUCCUCCAUCUCUAAAAGAAUCCAUCUUCGAGCAGGAGGAGGUUAAUCAAGAAAGUUCGGUUUGGAAGUCCUUACUUCCGAUUUUUAAUUUGAAGCUACGACAAUAAAUCAAAGUGGCAUAAUCAACAGUAAAACUGCAUAAAAUUAAACUUCUGGAUACGCUGUAUAGAAAGGUUCAAAAUAAAAUUAUUCAUUAAGUGUCAACAUUUGUUUUAACUCAUAUAAUAAUUAAUUUAAAAAAUUAAAA